UCAAGGCGUAUCCUGAACAGGUGGAAUUAAACCCGGAAGUGAGAUGCUCGUCACAAAGAUGGUGUCCUCCUCUGCGUAAUGCCAGAUAAACAAAAGAAUAUGAGAAAAAAAUCACAUAAUGUCUCAGCGACUAGAUGAAAUGUUUGGUCUUUGAAUGUCUGGUCACUGCUGAUAAAUAAUAAACAGCCUCUGACUGCACCAUGGAUAUGAACAGAGCCUACGGAGGCUCCUAUACGGAUAAUCUUAUUGGGACUUUACUUGCCAUUUUUGGAAAUGUGCUUGUCAGCAUCUCCCUCAGUAUUCAGAAAUAUAGCCAUGUGACGUUGGCAGGAACCAAGGACCUGCGUGCCUUCUACCACACCAAAACCUGGUGGUGUGGUUUUGUACUGACAUGCCUCGGGGAAGGAGCCAACUUCAUUUCUUAUGCCUUCGCCCCCCUCGCACUGGUAGCACCUCUAAACGCUGUGUCAGUACUUACAAGCUCAAUUUUGGGCCUUAUUUUCCUGCGUGAGAAAUCCAAGCCAAAGGACUUUGCAAAGCGCUAUGGGCUGUCCUUCCUGGGCUGUCUCCUAACUAUAGGAGGAACAUAUCUAUUUGUAGCAUUUGGACCAAACUCUCAUGAAAAACUCAAAGCAGAGAACAUUGUGAAUCACCUUGUAGGAUGGCCUGUUCUCUUGUAUCUGCUCCUGGAGAUCAUCACGUUCUGCCUGCUUUUAUACUUCUACAAACAGCGCAAUGCUAACUCCCUCAUUAAUAUUCUGAUGCUGGUCGCUCUAUUGGGCUCGGUCACAGUCAUCACAGUGAAGGCGGUGUCAGGCAUGUUGGUUCUCACAUUCGAGGGCACCAUGCAGCUGGACUACCCGAUCUUUAGUGUCAUGUUUGUGUGUAUGGUGGCUUCAGUGGUCUUCCAGGCUAGUUUCCUCUCCCAAGCUUGUAAGCUGCAUGACUCCUCUCUGAUCGCCAGUUUCAACUACAUCCUCUCUACCGUCUUGGCUGUGGUAGCUGGUGCUGUGUUCUACCUAGAGUUCAAUAAAGAAGACAUCCUUCACAUCUGCAUGUUUUUGUUGGGAUCUGCAUUCUGUUUCCUUGGAGUGUUUCUCAUCACCAAAAACAGGAAAAAGACAAAGAACUUUGAGCCAUAUGUGACUAUGAACAUGGUUAAUGGAGUCCCAACUAUUCAUGACAAAGGCCUGGUUGUUCAGCCAGACUCCAGUGGCUCUUUCUCCUAUGGAGCCCUGGUCAACAAUGAUGGAGCUGCUCCUGCUACACAUUCGGUCAACCUGGAACUAACACCGGCCCGCUCCAGGUCCACUGAAGCAUCUCAUGGCCAGCCAGACCUAAAGAGAGAUUAAGACAGAGUAUUUUCCCCUUCAUUCAACAAAAAGACAACAUACAAGGAGCUUGGAAGGCCAUGAUGGGUAUGUUCAGCUCUUUUCACAUGUACUCUGGGCCAACCUCCAGCCCAGUAGAGGGUGUUAACUGGGUGCCUUACACUCCCAUUCACAUGCUUUGCUUUCUAUAAUCUCUUCACCAAAACCUGACCAUAAGUAGCAUUCCUUUUUGAGAAGAUGUCGGCUGUUAUCAUUCCAAAAUGAAGAGAGGAAACCUGAAGCUGCUGGAUGUUUUAUUGGAUUCACAGCAGAGCAGAUGUUGUGCCUUGGAGCUUACUGCCUUCACCGUGUUAGAAUGGAGAUCUAACGACUCACUCCCAUGACUGUUAAGCUAUUCUUCGCUCAUUAAUGACGACAUUAAGGGGUCUGUUCCUCCAUUGUGGGUUUUGAAGUUACUCCUCAACAUUAUAAAAUAUAGCUGCAGACUUGCCAAUUAACUUUUUGACCUUAAAUAUCUGCAUCUAACUUUUUAUUAUGUGAGCGGUUUUUACUCCGCAAUGUUGCCUCCUGUUGUAGGAAUUUCAUUGUAUUACUACUUUCCUGAUGUGACCAAACAAUGGGGGCACAUUUUCUAAUUUAUUAUAAUGUAUUUAUCUAUUGAAGUUAGCUCUUAGUGUGCCUUAACAAGUCGCAGUACUCUGGAAGUUACUGUAAUAACUGAGGUGUUACAUGACCCAGGAGGGUAAUUCAAGCAUUACUGUAGCAGUUUAGUUGUAAACAAAAAGCUACUGUAUUCUGUGUAUUGAAAUCUGAAACCAUUGAAAAGAAGGUGGUCACUCAAAAAGAAGGGAAUUCAAUCAUACAAGCCUCUUGAAAUUACUGAUGAACUGUACAACUAUUUAAAUGUGAACUGUAAGUUUAAGGUUGGGUAGUCUACUGUUUGUGUACAUUUUGAAAAUAAUUUUGCUGUCCUUUUUAACCUGAUAACCUUGAAGUUUAUGAUGACAAACAAAUCAAGAAAUAAAAGUUAACAUUUGCAUAUACAUUUUGUUAAUUAUGUUUUAGGAAAUGUAACCUUCCAUCAAAAUGUUACAAAGAUAAUUCUGCGGUUUGUGAAUCAUCAUUUAUUAUUAAACUUGACAAAAAAAACACUCCAUAAUGAUUGGAUAGACUCCUCUACAUACUGUAUGUACUGCAUUUCUGCACUGUUAAAAAAGAAGAACCUUUCCACAGUAUUCAUCAUGUAGUAAUUGUAGUUAUGUCGCUUGUGGUUUGUUGUGUGUGCAAAAAGUCAUUACAUCCCUGUAUAAACCAGCCAGUCUUAA